CCACGUCGGGUGCGGGAGGGGUGCGUGGAGCGGCGCGGUCGGCCGAGGCUGGUGUGGAGACGCUGAGAUUGCUGUGUCGUCAGCGGAGGUGGAGGACGCAGACGCCGCUCCAUCACCAUCGGACCGUUGACUUCCGCACGCUUCGAGUGAUGCGCUGUUGAAGUUGUGGUCGAGAUCGACUGCUGCACCGCGCGGAGGAUGGCUGGAUUGCUUAUAGCAGCGUUGCUGCUGGCCGCCGCUGGGCGCGCGCAGGAGGUGCGCGGCUCGGUGGACGUGCUGGAGGGAGCCGAUGCCGUGCUCCGCUGCCGUUUCGACCCGACCCAGGUGGAGCCGGCCGACGCCUCCUUCUACUGGAGUCACCGCAACAGCCGCGAGUGGGACAACGUCGCCAUCCAGGAGAACGCCUUCAGGAAGCGCUACCGAGUCGACUUCCAGCCGGCGGAGGGCCGCUACGACCUGCACAUCACCGGCGCCACGUACGAGCGCGACAACGGCCAGUUCGCGUGUAAGGCGCGCCGCGUCGGCAGCGGCGGCGACCUGCAUGCCGAGACGGUGCAGCUGACUGUGCUGCUGGCGCCGGGGCCGCCGCAGCUGGAGCCGCUGCCGGCGACGCUGCAGGAGGGCCGGCCGGCCCAGCUCAGCUGCAGCUCGCGUGGCGGUAGCCCGCCGCCCGAGCUGCGCUGGUACCGGCGCGGCUCGAGCGCGCCGCUGCCGGCCGAGCUGACGCUGGCCGAAGAGCGCUCGCAGCCGACCGUGUCGCGGCUGACACUGCAGCCGACCCGCGACGAUGACGGCGCCGAGCUCGAGUGCGUCGUCUGGAACCGCGCCAUGGCCGCCGGCGAGCGGCUCUCGGACACGCUGGCGCUCAGCGUCGACUACUUCCCGCGGCUCACCGUCGGCCCGGCCAACCCGCUGCGUGUGGAGGCGGGCCGCGCCGUCCGGCUGCGGUGCGAUGUCGACGCCAAGCCGGCCGUGGCCAACGUGCGCUGGGUGCGCAACAACGCCUUCAUCAACACCAACUUCGUGCACCGAGUGGACGCCGUGCGGCGCUCGGACGCCGGCGUCUACACGUGCAGCGCCGAGAACGCGGUGGGCGAGCGCUCCGCCGAGCUGCGGCUGGACGUGCUGUACGGGCCGCGUGUCAGCGCCGCGCCCGAGCGCGAGCUGGCCGCCGGCGGCAGCGUGCAGGUCGACUGCGAGGUGGACGCCAACCCGUCGGCCGAGCGCGUGUACUGGCAGCGGCGUGGCGACGCCCAGUUCCGGCAGGAGGGCGCGACGCUGCGGCUGAGCCGCGUCACCGCCGCCGACGGAGGCGAGUACGUCUGCGUCGCUGUCAGCCGGCUGCAGAGCCAGGGCAUGGCGCAGCCCGAGGAGCGCGUCGGCAACGCCAGCACGCGCGUGCUGGGCCGCCCGAUGACGCUGCGCUGCGCCGCCCAGCCACCCGGCCACCCGGCGCCGCGCUUCCGCUGGUGGCGCGACGACCAGUCGGACGCACCGCUCGGCGUCGGCGCCAACUUCACCGUCGGCAACGUGCAGCCGCGCCACGCCGGCCACUACCGCUGCGAGGCCGAGAACGAGCUGGGCCGGGGCGCCGCCGCUGGGGUCGAGGUGCGUGUGCUGCGCGCGCCGCAGCUGGUGACGCGCCUGCAGCCGGAGGUGAAGCGGCCGGUGACGGCGGCGCAAUUUGCAGUCCGCUGCAGCGCGCAGGCGCGGCCGCGGCCGGCCGUCGCCUGGCUCAAGGACGGCGAGGAAGUGCAGACGGCCGACGGGCGCUACGACGUGGCUAUCGACGAGACGGAGCGGCCGGACGGCGCGUUCACGGUCAGCAGCACGCUGAACUUCCGCGGCUGGGCGCGCCGCGACGAUCGCCUGGAGCCGGCCGACCGCGGCAACUACAGCUGCCGCUUCGAGAACGCGGCCGGCGUCGCCGACACCACCAUGCUGUUGCGCAUCAGACACGCGCCGAUCGUGUACCACCAGUACAACAAGGUGGCAUUCGACGUGGGCGAAGAGGCGACGAUCGCCUGCCAGAUGCAGGCGUACCCGGCGCCCGUGUUCCGCUGGUCCCGGCGCGACGCCGCGCUGCCCGCCGACGACGACGCGUUGUUCGCCACCAACACCAGCCGGCUCGGCAACGACGUGCACCAGUCGGUGCUGCGGCUGGCGCGCGUGCGCGCCGCCGACUACGGCGAGUACGUCUGCCAGGCGCAGAACGCCGAGGGCGAGCGCAGCACCUCGCUGCGGCUGCAGGCCAAGAGCCGGCCGGAGCCGCCGACCGAGCUGCGCGCGGCGGAGCUCGGCACCAGCUGGGCGCUGCUCGACUGGCGCCCCGGCUUCGAUGGCGGCUACCGCGGCACCAUCCACCACGUGACGCUGGCGGACGAGCGCGGCAGGGAGCGCGCCUUCGACUGCCAGACGCGCCGGCCCUGCAACGUCACCUCGCUCCAGCACCGCACCACCUACCGGCUCUGGGUGCGCGCCAACAACGAGAAGGGCGACUCGGAGGCGUCGGAGCAGGUGCAGCUCACCACGGCGCUGGACGUGGCUCGGCUGCCGCGGCCGCAGCGGCUCCAGUUCUCGCGUCAGUCGCGUCAGCUCAGCUUCCAUGUGCUCAGCUCGCCGAUCGGCGUGGUCGGCACGCUGGACGUCAGGUCUGGUGACGGCGAGUGGCGCCGCUCGCAGCAACAGGUGGACGUGGCCAAUAACCGCGGCCUGGCAUCGCUCACCUCCGGCCUGGGAGACGUCAGCGACGUGCGCGUGCGGCUCUGUCUGCGCGACGACCCAGCCAUCUGCGGCCCGCCCGUCCUGGCCGAGCACGUGUCAGCCGGUGCGGCGGUGGCGGCCGCCGGCGGCACCCCGCUCACCACCAUCAUCGUCAGCGCGGUGGGCGCCAUUGCGGCCGUGGCGCUGCUCGUGUUGGUCUUCAUCUGCUGCUGCCGCCGCGGCACAGCCACCGCCAAGGCCAAGCAUGGCUACACGGAUGCCUCGUACAGCCGCCAGAAGCUACCGGCCUACUACCCACCCGGCUCAGGCCUGCAGAACAAGUCGGUGUCGGACGCACCUGACCUCUCGCAGCUGGCAGUGGACGCGGCCAAGGCGGCGGCGGCAGGCGGCCAGUUCGCGACGCCGCCGCCGCGCGCCGCCACCGGCACCGUCAACACGGCUUACACGGAGCAGAGCUACUCCAACUCGAAUACGGGCGGCUCAGUGAACUCGCAGGACUCGCUGUGGCAGGUGAAGGCAGACGGCCGUCCGGGCCCGCCGCACGAGCUGGUCGGCUACGACCCGGCCCAGGCCAACUACCUGCCCGACGUGGCCGGCUACGGCGACUACGCCCAGUACCCGGCGCAGCAGGAGACGUACCCGGCGCCGUAUCCGCAUCACGACGAGUACGGCCGGCCGUACGAGGCGGACCCGUACGGCGCGCUGGCGGCCCGCGGCCGACCGCUGCUGGCAGAGGGCGGCUACGUCGGCGUGUCGGGGAUGCCGGACCCAUACGUUGACCAGGAGCCUGAGAACAAGCCGCAGAUCUCAUUUGACGAAUCGCUCGAGAGCGGCUACUCCACGCCCAACACGCGGAGUCGGCGGGUCAUACGCGAAAUCAUAGUGUGAGGUGCCGACGCUAGAUGGCAGCGGCGCCACGUCCGCGAACUCCCGUGAGCGCCUCCGAGGGCCCGUUCGCCGCGCGUUGUGAGGCAGCCGGCGCAACGGCGACGGGUCUGAGAGAGAGGGCUCCGCGCCCGUGCGUCUACUGCCAUGUGAUGCAUAGCCUGGAGAGUGCCCUGUUGGCGUGGGCCAGCAUUGUGAUAACUGUUUUGCCUGCUCAAGAGUAGACAUGGCUGGAGCGUUGACUGUUGAACCGUAAUCAUGAAUUGAACGUUGUCGACCGGUCGUUGUUUCGCAGCGGUGAGCGCGGCACAAGCCGUUAUGUGACGCCAGGAAAGCGCCCGCUCCACUUUGUAUGGGGAUUACAAACGUGUGUGGGAGGACAUGAAGCCCGGAAUGUUUUACAGGCGCAACGAUUUGCCGCUAGUCGACCCGACAUAGCUAGUAUUCAUUGUCAUUGUAGGAUUGCCAAGACGGGAUGAACAGUAACGUGACCCCAGAAGGGCUUCGGUGGCCCUUGCCAUCUUCCGCUUCGACAAGGGUCAGCCGAUUUUUACCCUCCAAUAAGCCUUGCUCUGUUUUCUGUUGCAUUUGGUGUCUGACAUCGGUGUCAAACACCUUGCUUAAUUUGUUGCUCUGUACGCAUAUGUUCCUUGUUUUGUCAGCCUCAGGCUGAAUGCGAUGCCGCUAAAUUUGCUGACUCCAAAUGUGUUGCAUCUUUUGACGCCUUGUUCAGAGAUCUCGGAUUGUCCGUGUUCUGUCUGCCUGUCCCUCUGUCUCCGUGCGUCUCCAGUGCCAGUGGUGCCGUAUGUAUGUGGCAGGUGCUCUGUCCUGAAGUCGGCUGCGUUUGUUGCUCCUCGUUGUCUGGCUCCCCGCGUUGAUCAUCGCUGUAAAUACGGAAGACGUCCUCGUGUGUGUCGCUCGGCCCUCCACGUGGAGGUGGGUGUCUGGGGGCGGUGCGGGUGUACGUGGUGGAGUGUCUUAUGUUGUUUCCCAGGCUGGGCGUCCAUUUUUGCCUGGUUGGACAUACCGCUUCUCUGCUGGCGGUGUUCUGGCUGGGUCCGUCCCAUAUUGCUCCCCUGAAAUUGCCUUCCCCCCGCGCCGCACGUGGUGUCGGGUGUGACUUCGCCUAUUUAAACAUCACCUUGCACAUUUUGUUUUGUGAUUUUUCACGGCUCUAACUUAUCGUGCGCCUUGAAUUCGUCUGCUUGAUUUAGCAUCGCGUAUGUUUUGAAUGAAUUGUCCACCGUAUUUGUAAAAAUAUGUAAUAACUGUGAAUACAUUUUAUCGUUAGA